AUGUUUGCCCUAGUUUCAAUUCUCUUCGCCUCUUUCUUGGCUCCUGAAAUCUCUGCGGUUAUCGGUGGUGACUUGAAUUGUACCGUCUACAAUGGAACAUUUUCCCACGUCUCAACUGUGCCACUAUCACCAACACCCAAUGCAACUCGCCAGCCUGGAGAACCAUCAUCGCUUCCGAUUGCCCAUCCGCCUGCGGAUUCUGCGGACAGGGAGGAUGCGUCGACGCUGUCACCAACUGCGGAAACGAUCUGUCCAUCUGUCAGAACAUCGGAAUGCAAGACUUCGUCAACAACUACUGUCAAAAGUCCUGCAACCGUUGCCCAUCCACCACCACAUCUGCAUACGGAGGAGUUACCGGAGGAUCGUGCUCGUCUUACAUCGCUGACACCACCACUCAAUGCGCCGCCUGGGCUAGCAACGGAUUCUGCACCAACAACUUCUACACUUACGCUCAACGUAGGCAGAGAUGCGCCACCACUUGCAGACUCUGCUAAGAAGUAUUUAAUGGUAAACUUUGACCUAAUUUCUUUCAAGACAUCGACAUACUUACUUUAUUGUUAUUAUCUUUUGGAACUGACCAUUCCAAAAUGUGACUAG